AUGGACGAGAAGAAACCCUCAUUAGAGGGCGAUGGGGGCGUCAUGCAGCAAAGCUACCCCUCUCCGAUGGUAGACACCGCGGAGACCCAAUACUAUGAGCAGCUAGGACAGCAUCGAGACCUUGAUCCUCACAUGGCGCACCAGGUGUCUCAGGAAGAGCAACACCAUAGUUUACCCCUGACGACAAACCAGCAGGGCCAGCAUGAACACCAUGAACUUCACCAGCUCCAAGAACUCCAAGACGCACCUAUGCCCCAUCAGCAAAACAACCGCCCGCAGGACAACGCGGACGAACUUCAACUGGCAGCUCAACUGACACAAGGCCUCGCGCCAAUGAUGGACGCUGCCAUCCACAACCAUGGCCAAGAACAGCAGACCUCGAUGCCCCAGCAAGAGGAACACAACGGCCAGGCACAGGCCGAAGAACAGCCCGAGCCGAACCUCCAGGAGCAACUCGAGGCGUCACUAGAACACCAUGAACGUGAGAUGCAGUCGAGAGAGCAUCAGUACGGGGGCGGCCAUGGGCAUCAGCUCCAGAACCACGAUCUACAAGAGGUUAUAUCGCCGCAUUCUGCUCCACCUCAUCAACAUCAUCACUACGAACAGGGUGGGACGCCGUCCUCACAGCUACCGCAUCAGAUGUCCAUGGAGCAUCUUUCACGGCCAGUGAAUGCCCCGUACCCGCCAGGGGAUCCCACACCGCCCCGGAAACGGUCCAAGGUGUCACGGGCUUGCGAUGAGUGCCGCCGGAAGAAGAUCAAGUGUGAUGCCCAGUCAGAGGCCACCGAGGAGCCGUGCUCGAACUGUCGCCGAGCAAAUGCACAGUGCUUGUUCAGCCGGGUGCCGCAAAAGCGGGGGCCUAGCAAAGGGUACAUCAAAGAACUUGCCGAUCGCAUCAACACCAUCGAAGGCAAACUCAACACCGGAGCCGAGGGUCUUGACAGGAGAUCGUCAAGCGAAGCAUUUGCAUCUCCCAGUCUAGCCGACGGCGACAAGAAGCGGCCCUUUACUAGCAUUUCAGGCGAGGGUUUCCCAACUCCGCCGCAAAAUCGCGUUGCGCCGACCCAGCUUUCCGACCACAAGCCAAUUCUGCCAAACAUCCCACCAGAUUACCAACCCCCCCCUCCCGCACUCCCAAUGGAUGUCGAGGAGAAAGUGGCCGAGACGGCCCAGAACACCAACCAAGCGAACGUCAGCGGUGCUGCAGAGGACCAGCCCGAGCCGAUGGAUGGAAUUGAACAAAACGGCGUGCCCGUAGAGACGGAACAGCCAGUAAAGAGGCUGUCGCCGGGCAUUGAAAACCAUUAUUUCGACAAGUAUCUCGAGGUCGUUCACCCCAUCUUGCCGUUCUUGCCGAGCACCAAGGCCAAGCUGCUGUCUCUUAUGCGGCGGGUGCCAACGGCCCUGGAAGAUGCAUUCAGCUUUGCAUUUGUUGCUAUGCUUGAGCCUUACAUUGAGGACAAUGUCACUGUUCCUGCCCGCAAAGGGCUGGGCCUCCUCGACGAGUGGGAUUCGAAGGCAACCCAACCCAAUAGCCUCACCGACCUGGUUUCCCUGCAAAUCUUGGUCAUGACCCUCCUCUCUCUGGAUCAGCAGUUCACUCCCAACCCCCGGGCGCGGUACGGAACGGUAUCCAAGGCCCAAGUUCUCGGCCGAGCAGUCAUGCUUGGAUAUUCCAUGAAACUGUUCAACCGGACGGUUGAUCUCAAGAUGGAUGAGGACAACGAGCCGGACUCGAUUCGUAAUGUGGGACUGCGCACCUGGUGGGUUCUCAUCACACUCGACCACUGGCACGCCUUCAGCAUGGCGGUGCCCCCGUUGGUCAUCGAGUCGUUGAGCGUCCCGUCGGUUCGACUGAAGAAUUUACUCGGAGACCAGGCGUUCUACUUCAUGCAGGUCUCUGCCGUCGCGCCCCCGUUUCUGCACACCAUGCUCAGCCCAGCACUUGACUGCACAAACGAGCAGAGGGCCUCGAUGGGCUUGGUGGCCGCGCACUGCCUUCGGAUGCUCGACGCGACUUUCCCCACUCCUCCUGUCGGCGGCCCGGCCCCUUUCUUGGCCUACUGGCACUUCCGGCUCGUGGGCGAGCUUCUUGCAGCGAGUGGAACGCCUAGCAGCGCUAAUAUCCUCCAAGCCACGUCCAAACUCUACGAGAUACUCGCCACCGUGCACAACUUCCUCUCGCCCAUCACUCAUUACUUCUUAGUCAUCAUGGUCCUGGGUAUGAUUGAGCUCCUCCGCUUCCCCGAGACACGGGACGCCGGUGUUAGCUUGAUCCGCGAGUUGCUCGCCUUCAAAUUCGCCAAGACGUCGUGGGACGUUGUCAUCUGCAACCAGCUCGAGAAAUACCUGAAUCUCCAUGUCCCGUCGGCGCAGAACCCGGGCUCUGCCAGCGCCGCCACCGAAGACGCUUCCGGUACCCCGACCGUAGAUGGCCAUAACUCCGGCGAGACCCAAUCGCAAACCCCCGCCCCCGAGCCCCUCAAUGUCCAGGCUCUCCUGGUGGGUGGUUAUUUCUCGUGGUUCACGGAGAGAGAGGAUGGCCAGCCCCUGUUCAAUUAG